AGCAAACAUUGGCACCAUGAAAUCAUACCGACUUUUCAAGGAGUCCGUUGGUGGGCAUAUAUUGCUGGUGGAGAUGCUCAAAUGGUCAUUGAUAAAUUAUUCCGAAAAUCAGAAGUAUGCCCUGGAUUUAGGUUUGAUUAUGAAGUUGACGAGUACGACCAGCUUUCCAGGCUAUUUUGGUGUGACGCUGCAGCCAGGAAAAGCUACUCCCUCUUUGGUGAUGUUGUCUCCUUUGAUGCCACAUAUACAACCAACAGGUACAUGAUGAUAUUCGCUCCGUUCACUGGUGUCGACAACCAUAAAAAGUGUGUGACAUUCGGCUUUGGCUUGCUGUCAAGCAAGGACGCUGAGUCAUAUUCAUGGUUGUUGAGAUCAUUCAUGAACGCGAUGGGGAAUGCUCCAAGCUGCAUCACAACUGAUCAAGAUCCUUCAAUGCGAAUUGCAAUUGAAGAAGUCUUACCACAAACCAAGCAUCGCUAUUGCAUGUGGCAUAUUAUGAACAAACUAUCAGGGAAAGUUGGUCCGGUGUUAAGCAAGGAUAUGGAAUUCAUGACUCGCAUUAAUCAGGUGGUCUGGACUCAUUACUUGGACAAAAAAGAAUGGAAAGCACAAUGGCGCAGUGUUAUGGCAGACUACAACCUCACGGAGCAUUCGUGGUUCAAGUCACUAUACACGUUACGUAAGUUUUGGAUUCCAGCUUAUUUCAGGGAUCUAUUUAUGGUCGGGCUUUUGCGCACUACGUCUAGAUCAGAGAGUGAAAACAGUUUCUUUGACGAUUUCACUGACCGCAACUUUAGCCUAGUUGAAUUAUUAAUGCAAUUCGAGAGUGCAAUGGAGGACCAACGGUUCAAAUUUACUCGUUUGAACUCAGAAUCCGAGUCGGGAAUUCCAGUGUUCAAAACCCCAUUAAAGAUUGAGAAACACGCUGCAUCGUUAUUCACUCUCUCUGUCUCUUAUGAUGUGCAAAAAGAGAUUUGUGCAUCCUGCUUUUCAUGCGCUAUUGUAGGUAUCCAAAACAGUGAGGAGGCUUCCGAGUAUCAGAUCAGCGAUGUAAGUAGGAUGAUAUCAACUGUCCGCUACUGUCAACGCAAUGGGACCACGCACUGCAGUUGCAAAAACUACGAACGCAUUGGCUUGCUAUGCAGGCACAUAUUUGUUGUUUUCAAAAAUCUCAAAAUAGAAAAGAUCCCUGACUUGUAUGUUACCAACCGCUGGUGCAAAUUCCAUUUGCUCAAACCAAUGUUCAAUGUCGGUGGCUCAGAAAUGGACAAGGUAUCAUUUACGGAUCAAAAUAAGACUCUUGUUUCUCGAUUGAUGUCAGACAUCCACUUUUGUAUUGCCUUGGUGGAACACAACCCUGAUCUGCUGCUAGCAUUUUCCAACACUAUAAAUCAGCACAAGGAGGCGCUAAUCGACAAACUUCAAGAUGGCAAUGUAACACCCCGGCCCCCACCCUGGCCGUAAGUGUUCGCUCAUAGGAUUGUAGACUGUC